GGUCAAACAGGUUUCUUAAAUGUUUCCAACUUGGGUAUAGACGCAGUUGUUUAUAUAUAUUAAUUACAUUUCGAUUUCGUGACAAAGAUAGUUCGUCAUGUCCAAUGAGCACGACCAGGCUGUUUUGAACAGCAUCUUCAACCCUCUACUGCCAGUCGGUGAAGCUGCAUUUGAGUUUAAUCUUCCAGUUGAUGAUGAUGAGGAAAUUUCUGCAGAAAUUGAAGAAGCGAAGCGACUUGAACUGCAGGGUGUCCAAGCUGCAGAGGCUGGUAAAAUAGACGAAGCUAUUGCAAUUUUCACACAUGCCAUUGCUGUUGCGCCCGGGCAUGCCUCUGGAUACAACAAUAGAGCGCAGGCUCUUCGUCUUAAAGGGAAUAUGCCGGGGGCUUUGGUUGAUUUGAAUAAGGCAUUGAGCCUUACGGGUGGCAAAGGCAAGUCUGCGUGUCAAGCUUUUUGUCAGCGGGCGCAGAUUUUCAUGAAAGAGGGCCAUCAAGAUAUGGCAAAGAAGGAUUUGGAAGCUGCAGCAGCUCAAGGGAAUGCAUUUGCCAAAACACAGCUUGCCCAAAUGAAUCCAUAUGCGGCUCUGUGCAACAAGAUGCUGCAGGAAGCGUUUUUAAAAUUGCAGAGGGGCGAGCCAGAUUGCCAAACGAAAUCAUAAAAGUGGUGAUAUUGCACGCUUAAAUAUUUUCAAAUACUUAAGGGAAAUGGUAGAAUUUUUAAACACAUUUGAUAUUAUGCAUCGCAUUUUACUGUAUUUAAUAAAAUAUUUAGUCAAAUUCACAAAAUGAUUCCACUAAUUGCAUGUCAAGAGUGCCCAACACUUGAAGUGGCUGGAAAUGCAAAAGCAAAAUCAAGUUAUCAGAGAAUGCAAAUCAUAGGAAUUUCAUUGAUUGUGGACAAACUGUUGGAAGGGAAGUCGGGAGUGGUAACGUAAAUACACAACAAAUUGAAUCAAAUUAACUAGUAGCGGUAUGAGAAGUAUCGGAAAAGUUAUGCAACCCAAAAUUGCAUCUCAGAAUAGGAUAGUUUGAUGGCUAGCAGUUGAGCAAGAAGAAAUUUAAUAAAUACAAAAUGAAAGUUUUCAUGGAGAUUAGAAUGUUACGAAGUGACUUCUUCGUGCUCCACCAUUUCAAAGUCUUUUCCAGUCUGAGACUUUUGGCUGCUCUCAGAUUCGCUCGCACUGUUGUCAAUCUCCCCUUCAUUAGCACCAGUACUGAAACAAUUGUAAAAUUAUAAAAUAUCAACAGUUAUAUUUUGCAGCGCAGUAUAAAAAAAAUUCACCAAUCUUACUAAAUUAUUGGUCGGAAUGAUUUGUUCUGAAAUUAGUAUCCUUGAUAACACUCCCGAAAAAUAUUUAAAUAAACUUACUUUUCCUCUUCCACCAGCUUUGUUGUUUCUUCUUCCUCUUCAGCGUCAGAAUCUUUAGCUUUUUUCUUCUUCUUUGACUUGUCUCCAGAUUUUUUACCUUUGUACUCAUACUGAUUGUGAGAGGUAAGAAAAUUUAUAAUCUUUCCAAAUGGCACUCAAAAUUAUCAAACCUGGUAAAGAGGCCAAAAUGACGGUAAAAACCCAACAUCUUCUGUGAGAUUUGGCAGAAGCCACAAGUGAUGCUUGCCCAACGUCAAUGCCCACAAGAGACAGAAAACGAGAACUCGCAAAAUUGCCAGAGCGAUGAUGAAGAUCAAGAAACCAGCUGCAGCCACACUCAGAUAGUAAACACCUUUCCU